AUGGCCUGGCACCAAAGCAUAUCAGAGUUUGCGCGAACUUCCCGGUUUGGCUUGACAGGGGUGCCAGCUGUGGAAAAUCCAUCUGAUGAACCAUACGCCUUCCGAUACUUCGUGCUACAGUUCAGAAUUCGGUGUUCAGUUCGCGAUGACGAGUGGCUAGGCGUUUGGGGCUCGCUUCCUCUGCUGCACGAUUGUUUCAACGCACCACUUCCGAUGAAAAAACUACGUCGCUCAAGGGGCCAGAUCGAGUGGGCUUUGCGUGUGCGUUUUCCAAAGCAUCUUUAUGACGGUUGCGAGUUUACGUAUAUAUACUGCCUGUUACGGAAAGUUUCUGCGGAUAGCCAGUAUGAAUCUUCCUACGAAGUCGUUGGCUGCGAGCCCUGUCCGUUACGCAAAAGUAUUCUGAGCAGCGAAAUCUUGCCAUACGGUUUCUACGAACAUGACGAUCGCUGGGGUCAUAAUGACGGGAAGGUAUAUCCAAGGCAGGAUCGCCUGGGUGUACUUGUAUACAAGCAUCUUUCGCGAGACGCCGCUCCAUGCCGCAUAUCAUAG